UGUGUGACUGUGAUUUCGUACUCUUACUACACAAUCAGAUGGAGGCAAUCCAGACGUAAAACUGACAGGAACUCUUUGGAAACCCCAUUUCCACUUAAGCUUUUGCCAGAUGAAAAGUACAAGUCCAUGUUUCAGUUUGAUGGAAUCUGGCUAGGACCAAAAAAUCACUGUGAGUGUGCCAGAACCAGCAAGAUGACGGUUUAUCAGUUGGAUAACUACAUUGAUAAAGAUAAACUUGCUGCCCUCACAGAACGACGUGAGAAGGAAUUCCGAGAUUAUCAGAGGAGGUAUCCACUUGAGACCAAAGAUGUCCUUAUUGCACAGCCAAACUCUCCUUUAAGCUACCCCUUUCAAGGAGUCGAGGUGAUGCCUUUGCAUACUGUUAUACUUCCAGGACUUGGUUUCCAUGGAGCAGGUAUGGAAGAACAGCAGGUAAUUCUACAGGCUUCAUUUGGUGCUCUGAACACCCUUGCUGAUGUUUCUGAAGACGUGGUGCGUGGGCGAGGGGAGAAACUGCUGAACAUUUCCACUCGCCAUGUACAGCUGCUGAAUCACAUCCUCAAACACGUCACUUACACAAGUACAAAGUACAUGCUGGAUGCAGUGGACGUGGUGAACUUUACAAUAGGAACUCAUCAGGUGAGGUUUCCUGUGACCAUCCGCCAGCCAGCCCUCCCAAGACUGUUUGACCCAGGACCAGAUAACAACAUCAAUAAUAUGGUGACCAUCACAACAAAGACUUUCUUGCGCUACCACAAGCUGCGAGUUCUCAUCAAGAGCAUCAGGCUGUAUUAUCCAAAUAUGACAAUAAUUGUCGCAGAUGACAGUGAAAACCCAGAAAUGAUUAAAGAGGCCAAUGUGGAACAAUUCAUUAUGCCUUUUGGAAAGGGCUGGUUUGCAGGAAGAAACCUUGCCAUCUCUCAGGUCACAACCAAAUAUUACCUCUGGGUGGAUGAUGACUUCCUGUUUACUGACCAAACCAAGAUUGAGAAACUGGUGGACGUCUUGGAGAAUAGCAACUUGGAUGUGGUGGGUGGCAGUGUGGCUGGAAAUGACUACAAGUUUAAGAUCACCUAUGAAGAAGGAGAGGACAGCAGCUGCCUGCACCUCCGAUAUGGCUCGUACCACCGCUUGGAAGGCUUCCCCAACUGUGUAGUCACCAGUGGCGUGGUCAAUUUCUUCCUCGCUCGCACAGAGGAGAGCCGGCGUGUUGGCUUUGACCCAAAACUUCUAAGGGUGGCUCACUCAGAAUAUUUUAUGGAUGGACUGGGGAAUUUGCGGGUUGGAUCCUGCAACCAUGUCGUCGUCGGUCACCAGCCACGCCAUUCUGCAACUAACUCUCAGGAAGAAACCUCAGAGAAGACUUACGGAAAAUUUCGGAUGAGUACACAGGCAGAGGUUCGGUUUAAGCUAGCUUUGCAUUAUUUUAAGAACAGGAUGAAAUGCUACACAAAAGCUUAA